AUGCAUCAUUCCAUCUGCGCUCUUCUCCUCUUCACCACUCUUGUUUUCUUCACUCUAUCUACCAUCGAACCUACGGCCCAUCGUCGAUCUUGUCGGAGAAAUCUCCCAUUAUUCACAAUCCCACUGCAGAGCCCAAAGCCCAGCGGUUGGUUCCCCAAAUUGGGAAAAUGUGCCUUCAACAGCGAGCAUCUUCCUUCGCCCGCUCUGCAACGGAUGGUACUCUGUACAGAGAGGAACCAGAGCCAUGAAAGAUCUCGUUUGGGUCACGUGGCUGCCGACACCACCGACGAGGAGUUUCGCUUGUUUCUCAGAGUUUUGCAUAGGUCAGGCCUCACUGCCAGCGCCGACGUCGUUUUCAUGUUCGAUUCUGCUUCCUUGUCAUCGAGAUUCACCCCUAUUAUUCAGGAGGAGAACGACUCGUUUCUCAAGAUGGUCAAGAAGGGGACGGAAAUCGCGGAGCCAUUGUGGGGUGCGAGAACUAGAAGUAAUCUCACGAACCCGGAAACAGGGAAUGGCGGAUCAGAAGAGAUCGUCCCUCUGUUGAGUUACGGGUCGGUUCUCAGAUUUGACCCGGAGAGCUCGAUCCGGAGAACUCGCUGGCCGGGUUCUAAACGACGUCCCCCUGAGUUUGAGAAGAUGGGCGUGCUACCCGAUGUUGCUCGGUCGGGUCAAGCGGAGUUUCAAGCAUGUAAUGCUCGUAGACGUGAAGAAAUGGUAGUGGUGAAAGACCCGCUGGGAAGAGUCCGGAACCGGAGCCCCGAGACCAUUUUGUUACAUAGACAUCCAGAGAGUAGUAGCUUUAGCAUGACGCAGAGUAGGAACAACUCGGAGAAAACUCAGGGAGGCGGACGAGUCAACUCGGCGAUCAUAAUGGGCGGAGGGAAAGGCAUCCGGCGAUUAUCGAACGCGAUGCUCACGCAAAUUGUUCGGUGGGCGAUGAAAAAACGCGCGAAUAACUCGGUGUCGGAGGCGGCGGUACUGAGUCAUCUGGUGGGGAACCGGUUCACGUUGAAGAACGUGAAUUUGAUAACGGCAAACGAGUCAAUUUCGGACACGAGAUCAGUGGCUGACCCUAACUCAGCUUCUUCCACGUCAUUGUGGGAUUACGUAAUAUUCAACGCGGCCCACAUGAUCAGAGUCUUAAUUCUUUAUUAA